AUGGCGCUCGCGACUCGUGCAACCAGCUGCCAGCUCCGCCUGCCCGCGAAUCUUCCUCUAUAUUCCGCGUCCAAGGGACCCGUCUCCCUCCGCCUCCCCGUCGUGCGCGCGGCGGCAGGCGAUGCGGAGAGCAGCGGCGCGGAGAAGCCACGCGUGGGGGAGCCGCAGGGGGAGCGCGCCAAGGGCAUCUUCGAGUUCGUGACGGACAACCCGUCGAGCCGCUCCGCCAUCCAGCUCAAGAACGCGCCCGCCAUGGACGGCAACGUCGGCCAGAUGAUAUCGGCGAUAGAGGACAAGGGCAAGGACAUGGGGUCGUACUUGCUGUCGGGCGAGUUCCAAUACUUCGUCCGCCAAAUAGGCAACGCGGGCGAUCCUCUGGUGGUGUACCUGCACGGCGCACCGGCACAGUCGUGGGGCUUCCGAGAAGUGAUGCAGCAGAUGGCGGAGAAGGGCUACAGAGGCAUUGCGCCUGACUGGCUGGGCUUUGGCUUUUCAGAGAAGCCCCAACCAGGGUACUACUUCGCUUAUACUGAGGAUGCGUACCAUCAAGAGAUGGACCGCCUCUUGGAGACUCUCAACGUCACAGAGCCAUUCUAUCUUGUCGUGCACGGCUAUCUGGUGGGCAGCUACGGCCUCACAUGGGCGCUCAAGAGCGCCAGCCGCCUCAAGGGGCUCGCCAUCCUCAACACGCCGCUCUCCCCCUCCUCGCCCCUGCCCCAGAUCUUCCAGCAACUCAGACUGCCCUUCGUGGGCGAGUUCCAGUGCCAGAACGCCGUGCUGGCAGAGCGCUUCAUUGAGAAGGGCAGCCCCUACUCUCUCGAGUUGGACAAUGCAGACGUGUAUCGCCUGCCUUACCUUGACAGCGGAGAGCCCGGAUUCUCUCUCCUGGAGACGGCCCGCAAGGCCAACCCCAAGCAGCUGGGGGAGAGGAUUCAAAACGCGCUCUCUUCCUCUAGCUGGAUGGUGCCAACAGUGAUCGCAUGGGGCAAGGACGACCCAUACAUCCCCAUCACAGAAGCCCAGGCCAUUGCCAAGACCAACUCUUCAUCAGUCACUCUCCGGGUGCUGGAGGGGGCUGGGCACACGCCGCAGGAGGACUGGUCGGAGAAAGUGGUGGACAGCCUUCGAGUCUCCUUCAAUUGA